AUGGUCAAUCAGAGUGAUCUGCCUUUCCGGAUACUAGUUCGCCAAUACGAUGCCUCACUCGUCUACACACAGAUGCUCCUUCCGGAGCGUCUUCUCAACGAUACAGAAUACCUUGAGUUUCACAGGAGAGGCCUUCACGAUACACCUGACGCGCCUGUGGUUGUCCAGCUCUGUGGAAACGAUCCAGAAGUUGUCGUACGUGCUGCACGAACCGUGGUCGACAAGGCCGAUGCCAUAGACCUAAAUCUUGGAUGUCCACAGGACGCUGCACGUGAGGGUCACUAUGGGGGAUACCUCCUUGAGAAGAAGGACUGGCCGCUUGUUGAAAGCAUAGUGUCCGCUCUGUCCCACUCCCUCCCCGUCCCCGUGUCGACCAAGAUCCGGCUCUGCCAGAAUACCGCCCUCACCUCUGACCUCGGUGUGCGGCUCGAAGCUGCACGCUCGUCCUGGAUCACUCUGCACGCUCGCCACGUCUCCGCGCGCCGGCGACGUCAGGGAGCAGCGGACCUCGAGCAGGUGCGCGUACUGAAAGAGACGGUGGGCGUACCGGUGGUGAGCAAUGGGAACGUCAGGACGUGGGAGGAUGUGCAGGCGAAUAGGAAGAUGACGGGCGCGGACGGGGUUAUGGUUGGGGAGACGCUUUUGGCCAACCCAUGCCUUUUUGCGAACGUCACGCCGGACCCUGUGAAGAUCUCGCUCGAGUACCUCGAGGUUUGUCGAGAACACCCCGGCACGGCGACUAUGCAGACCAUCCAGACGCAUGUCAGGCAUUUCGUAGAUUAUCAUUGCAGCCGAAGAUCGUGGUUCAACAAGUUCCGCGCUGCUCUCGGGCGCUGCGACACGAUCGACGCGAUCGAAAAGCUGUUGCGCGUGAAAGUGCAGCGGUGGCGCGGGCUUCCGCCACUAUCGGACGGAGACAUCGAUGACCUGGAAGAAGGGACGACUGACGAGGAUGGCGGAGGGCCGGAGGCGAGGGAUGUCAUCGCACGUUAUGGAGAGAAUGCAGCCAGUAGCGGGGAAGUCGACGAAGCCCUCGCUGGGUUGAGCAUACUGUCGUGACGAGGACGGCAGCAAACGCGGAGAGGUGGGGGCCGCACGUCUUGUCCCGCGGCGCCUGUGCGGCUGACAGGGAGGCGAAGGGUGCAUUGGCUAGUCUAGGUCUUCAGCCGGCGGCGUCAACGGGUCGUCGACAAAGGC